AUGAUACUACAGAAGGGUGGGUCUUCAUGGUGUCAUGGCGCUGACCGUAUUCUUCUUGAAAAAAUAGAGCUGGGUGUAAAGGAGAUUGCUGCUUUUAGUCAGAGGUACCAUUAGACAAGGCGCCAAGAAAUAUGGGGACAGUUCACGCCCGGAGUCUGGAUCCCCUCCCUAUGACAGGGCCUGACUUUGGAGUUCAUGGAGAUGAUGUUGAAUUUGUUGAAGUGCAGCCUGAAAGUAAACAGGAAGUCCUAGAAAACAAAGAUGUUAUAGUCCAACGUGUUCAUAUUGAUGGCCUGGGAAGAACUAAGGAAGAUUUCCUUGGAUAUGAAAUUGCUGAACUCUUUACAGCAAAAAACCUUAUUGAUGUCAUGAAAAAGGCUCAUGAGGCUAGGGAGAAGCUUUUACGUUUGGGUAUUUUUCGACAAGUAGAAGUUGUCAUUGAUACCUGUCAAGAGGAAGAUGCUCUGCCUAAUGGAUUAGAUGUCACCUUUGAGGUUAAAGAAAUGAGAAGGUUAACUGGAAGCUACAAUACAAUGGUUGGAAACAAUGAAGGCAGCAUGGUACUAGGACUUAAGCUGCCUAACCUUUUUGGCCGUGCAGAGAAGCUCACUUUUCAGUUCUCAUAUGGUACCAAAGAGACCUCCUAUGGAUUAUCUUUCUUUAAACCUCAACCUGGAUACUUUGAAAGAAACUUUGCCAUUAAUCUUUAUAAAGUAACUGGACAGUUUCCAUGGAGUUCACUGCGGGAGACUGAUAGAGGUAUCUCUACUGAAAUUAAUUUUCCCAUCUGGAAAACCAACCACACGCUUAAAUGGGAAGGAGUCUGGAGAGAGCUAGGCUGCCUUGCCAGAACAGCUUCCUUUGCAAUUAGAGAAGAAAGUGGGCAUUCACUCAAGUCCUCCAUCUCUCAUGCCAUGGUAAUUGACACUCGAAACUCCACAAUUUUACCUAGACGAGGCUUCCUGUUUAAAGUUAACCAGGAACUUGCAGGGUAUACUGGGGGCGAUGCCAGCUUUCUGAAAGAGGAUAUUGAGAUUCAGUUGAACAGACGCCUUUUUUGGGACUCGGUUUUUUCAGCUUCUCUUUGGGGUGGAUUGCUGAUUCCAAUUGGCGAAAAGCCUUCUUGCAUUGCUGACAGGUUUUAUUUAGGUGGCCCCACAAGUGUGAGAGGCUUCAGUAUGUAUAGCAUUGGACCACAAAGUGAAGGAGAUUAUCUUGGUGGUGAAGCUUAUUGGGCUGGUGGUGUACACCUGUACACUCCGCUUCCUUUCCGGCCAGGGCGAGGUGGAUUUGGAGACCUUUUCAGGACACACUUUUUUCUCAAUGCGGGAAAUCUGUGCAAUCUCAAUUAUGGUGAAGGGCCACAUGCCCAUCUUCAGAAGUUGGCUGAAUGCAUCCGCUGGUCUUAUGGAGCUGGCAUAGUACUGAGACUGGGAAAUAUUGCAAGACUGGAAUUAAACUACUGCAUUCCUAUGGGAGUACAGAGCGGGGACAGGAUCUGUGAUGGUGUCCAGUUUGGGGCAGGAAUCCGAUUUCUGUAAUUAUACCCACAGAUGAAGGCGGAAGAUUCCUGGUGGCAGCAACAAAAACAGAAUUAGACCAUUUCACCUUUUUAUCUGUUUAAUUAUGUCCUGUUCUGAAUUAUGGAAUAAAGCACCAUAUUUUCCCUUA